GAGCGGUCUGCACGGGAAAGUUCUAGAGCGGGUGGCAGGAGGAAGGCCGAGGCCGAUGAUGUCGGAAAAGAAGCAGCCCGUAGAUUUGGGGCUUCUGGAAGAGGACAACGAGUUCGAGGAGUUCCCGGCCGAAGACUGGGCUGGUUUAGAUGAAGAUGAAGAUGCACAUGUAUGGGAGGACAACUGGGACGAUGACAACGUGGAGGAUGAUUUCCCCAAUCAAUUAAGAGCUGAAUUAGAAAAACACGGCUACAAGAUGGAAACUUCAUAGCGUCCACUGAAUGUCCCCUGAGGCUGGACU